AUUUUAUUUCGAAUUUUGACAUAAUUUCACGGUAAUUAAAACGUUGAAUAAUCCGACACUGACCUUAUAAAUAAAGAUCGACCUGUUUUCUUUUCCCAAAAAACCUAGACGAACAUCAUGAAUGAAAUUCGUCAUCCGCAUCUUAAAUACUUCGUAACCUAAGAAAACAAGUCUAAUUGAACCAAAUGAAGUCAAUGAAAAUUACGUUGUAUGUCUCCCACCAGAAAGAACAAUUCUCUUUGUAUAUUACUUCCUAUCAUUACUAUGUCUUGUUAUUUUGUUAAAUUAUUUUCGAAAAGUCACAUCGGACUAUUUCGUAAAGAAAAUUUUCUUAGCUUAAAAAAACUAAUUUAAAAAAAUGCGUUUUUAUUUCUUGAUAACUUUUAUUUGUAUUAGUUACAUUUUAAAAAAAGUUUCCAGUGAUAACGCUUAUAAUAAUUGUGCCGAAGUUGGGACGCAACGACAUGUGGCUAUCGAUCAGUUAAUGGGAUUAUGGUACGGAAUAGAAUUAAUUUCUCACCGUAUAGAAACAUCAUACGAACCACAACAUCCAGAUACUUGCUUACAAAUUAAUAUUUCCGAAGAACCUCAAUUAGGAGAAGAUCAAUACAGAUCAACGUAUUAUAACAGACACAAAUAUGAUAAUAGAAAUAAAUAUGAUAGUUAUGAUACUAUAACAAGUACGCAAUAUCCUUUAGAUUCAAUAAAUCAAAAUAGGCGGUUAAUAAAUCAACAUCAAUACAAUAGAAAUGGAGUUUACCCUUCAAAUGACCUUGAGCAAAGAAAAUUAAAAGUUUUAUGGAUAGGAUCAGAUGGAAUUGUUGUUACUUAUAAAACUUCUUAUAUGUCUGCACCAGGUAUUUGGCAUAUAAGUGGACCCCACAAUGGGUCACAAUUAAUUCAAACAUUUGAUGAUUUUGCUGGAACAAUCCAAGUAUUAAAAGCAGUUGGUGAUCACAUGGUUUUAACUUUUUGCCAAAUUAGGCCAGAUCAAAAAUUGUACACCGUUAUUUUAUCAAGAUUGCCAGAAUUAAAACGGAGGGAUAUUUUGUCGAUUCACAACAUGUUAACGGUGAGAGGGUUGGAUAUAGUUUCUGUAAGAAAUGUUUGUCCCGUAGCCGCAGCUAACAUGUUUACAAUAAACUUAGUUUUGAUGUUAAUUUCUUGUGGUUUAUUAUCGAUGUUUUAAAUAUGUCAUUAUGUUAUAAAUGUAGUUUCAAAUUGGAUUUGUUAAUAAUUUUGUUAGAAUAAAUAUUUAUUUACA